AUGCAGAACUGGGUCGGCAUCGCCAUUAGUGCACAUGUCGCGAUAUACUCCGUGACGAUGACGUUCAUCUACAUCUUUGCGAAUCGAAACGUGAGAACGCUGUCGAUAAAACUAGUGAAGCAACAGAUUAAGGAAACUUGCGUGACUACGGUAAUCGAAGUCAUCUUCCUAAUCCUCACAUGUCUCGCCUAUCUCCCAUUCUUCUACGUCGUCUGCACGUGCCCAAUUUUUCACAUAAACCUUCGUCGAAUCAUCUUCGUCACCGUCUUGCACACGUUUUUGACGAUGGUGAUGCGAUUUAUCAUGAUGCUCUACGAGUUCGAGGUGGUGACGAGGACAGGUGUGCUCCUGAUCCGCGACGUCUUCAUGUUUGUUGGUGUGCCCCUUUGCUUGGGCGGGAUUUUCGGUUUUGUUUUGACCUAUCGCCUAGUUGCACGCCAGAAUUCGAUAACGCUUUCGAACCUGGAAAUCGGGAGCUCCAGCUAUGGCCUAUCCGCUAAAUACCAAGCUGCCGAGAAUAUCAAAUGUUUUAAGUUAGUCCGAUACUUCCUGCUCUUGUCGAUUUGCGCCGAUUUCUUCGGUGCCAGCUUGGUCAUGAUCUCGGUGCUUGGGUCGAAAACGCCAACACUCGAGACGCUGAUUGCUGGUGCUAUCUUUGAGCACUGGGUUACUGUG